AUGAAGCACGACGAGCCCAUACCGGGCUGGGAACGCCAACCUUACAGAAUAGUGGACUAUCUGGUUGUCCUGAUGAAUUUCCUGUGCUUUAUGGGCAAACGACGGAAACUUUCCAACUUUCGCUAUGCUAAUACCGCUCGAGAUUGGGUCGCCAGCGUGCAGCACUUUUCCAAGAUCCAGUUUUGGAAAGUGUACGGUCGCGUUUCUGCACGAUACAACUAUCAUCCUCAGCAACGAUUCCACAACGCCAUGCGCAAGUUUGAUGCAAGUGAACACCUCGCUGCACAAAUGGCACAAACAGGGAACGCUGCGUUUUACUAUAAUGUUUGUGAUCGUUCGGGUAUUGCUAAAACCAACUAUGCCGUUGACCUAACGAAAAUAAGCGAUCUCAACACUAUCAAAGCCUCAGCAGAUUAUCUCUUCCAGGAAGUGAGGGCCCGUAACGGAGUUGAGUCAGCAAAUGCCGCUCAAGGGUGUUUCAUGAGAGGGUUCAGCAGAGCCAUCAAGGUGUCUGAUCCCAGCGAUUGGAACAGCUUCCGCAACGAGAUUAGAGCUUACCAACGAGUCAAUGAUGACCUAAUUGGAAAGAAGGAAGACGAUGCGUUGUUGAUCGCGUUGUCUUAUAAAGGAAAAGACGAAAACAUUAACAGACGCAUGAGGAUCAUUAAGCCAGACGGGUCUCCUGAUGAAGAGUCAGGUGUACUGAUGCAAGAAAAAGUGCAGAGGGAGUCAGACUUCGUGGAUGACUUCCGAUGGAGUCAGGUUGUGAGAUCUUGUAUUGCUAUGGCAAGAACACAAGGAAAGAGCCACGUCCGCAUAUGGAUCGACCGGCUUGUAAUGAUGGGUGUCGAAAAAGAAGAGAUAAGUCGAUUGUAUGGACUGUCGCCAUGGGAGGAAUUUGGACUUCUGCCAUAUGCACUUUGUCCUGUUAUUCGUGUAUUCAGCGGCGGGGAAGUGUAUUAUGGAACAGAUUUCUGGAGAAAGUUAGAGACAGUUCUCGGAGUGGCUGGCAGAGGCCUUGUUGUAGACGAUUACAUGCUUCGAAAGUAUGACAGAACAAUUUUCUAUAGCCCCUCUGUGUAUGAAAGGCUUGCGGAUGGGGUAAGUUGUAUUGGGGGCAAGGGACUAUAUGUGAGGUCAACGACUCUUGCUUUGGCGACAGCUAUUCUGACGGACGGAGUGAGCGUAAGAAAGUCGAAUGAAGACUUGAGAACAAAGGCUGGUGCCAUAGCCUGGAAAGCUUGGGCGCUGCGCACGAUUGCUGAGGGGGCGUACAGCAAGGCCCAUCCGUCGAUGAUGGCAGGACAAGAAGCAUUCACGAUAGGAAUGGAAAGCUUUCAGACGAUUGCGUUCUGGGAAUCAAUAGUAUCUCGGAGCAAGGCGUUGGUGGGACAGAGCUAUUUGGAUAUGUCCAUUCAAAGAUCUGUGGAGUGGAGGAGUAGCUCGCAAUGGGACGGUGUGAUUGAAUGGACCGGGAUGGUGGGAAGCAGUUGCUGGAUACAAGAUCGAGAAGAGAUUGUUGAAUUUUUGACAAGACAAAGUGAGAUACGACUGUAUGUGACACCGAGCGGGCAUGUGGCUUCGACUGUUGAGCUGACUAGCCCUGUCAAUUCUCAUAAGAGAACGUUGGUAGUUGACUUAUCACGCUUUUCGACGGCAACCGACGGGUAUGUCACAGCCGUUGCUGAAGCGACAGGUCUUUGGGGUAAGAGUGUGACACCAUGGUAUCUGAGAGACAGGGUCGACCCCGAUAACGACCAGAAAGGAGAAAUUUCAGAGGAAGAGCUCAUUUUCACGUAUGAAGCUAUGAAGAGAGAGCAUGUUGGCCGUAUAUUUCUGCGGUGGGUAAUACCGCCGUUAAUCUUUCUUGAUGUGAUCUUGUAUGUGCCAAGCUAUUUACGCGUGUACUUCGCAAGCCUCGCGGCCCUCACGGUGCUUGCGAUAAUGUGUUACUAUUUCGUACCUUCGUGGCCUUGGGUAGACAAACAUGACGUCGGGGAAGCUCUAUUCGACAAUCUACGUUUGCAUUGCUUGUUUCACUCAGGCAUCAAGACGCAUUUCCGACUUUUGAAAACCGUUCCGUACAAUCAGAUCAAGUGGAACUAGUGCACGAACGGGGCAUUGAGCUUAGCAAAAGCAUGCUUUGUCAUCAGCAGCAUGCGGUAAAAUAGCAAGGGCGCACCUGCAUUCUGUUUAGAUUCGUUGGCGUAAAAGGACGUGAGAAAAUCAGUCUUCAGUAUCUUUUUACUU